AACGCAGACUUCCGUAUAAACAAAACAAUCGAACGACGCGAUGGUAAAAAGUUGUUGUGUGUACAAGUGUACAAAUAGGUACAAUUCAACGAGCAAAUUCAGUGGCAUUAGUUUUUUUCGAUUUCCGAAGGACAAGAGACAAAGGAGAGCUUGGAUAAAAGCUAUUAAUAGGGAAAAUUGGGCCCCAAAUGACAACACUUGGGUCUGUUCAGUCCAUUUUAUAGACGGGUGGCAUGGGUAUGAUCCCUCAGACCAGAACUACGCGCCGACAUUGUUUUCUUACAAAGCAGCUGUUCGAGACGUGGCUCAGGUUGCCAGAGAUUCUAGAAAACUUGAACGUCAACAAUCUAAGGAGGCUCAUGAGAAACAGAGGGAUGAAAAUGUGCAGGAGGAAUGCCACAAGAGGUUGUCGUUAUAUAUGCAUUCCAAUUAUUGUGAUAUACCUUCAGAUCAUGAACCAGAUCAUGGAAAUGAGACUACAAAUGUCAUGAAAACCAAGGAUGCAGGUACUUUGUGCGACCCUGACCCUCUUUCAAAAGAGAAUGAAAAACUGCAGGAAGAGUUGCGGGAGACCAAACGUGAUCUACAGAGAGAAAGAUGGGGAGUUCACAGGAUAGCAGACAAUGACAGCCUGACAAAGUUCUAUACCAGUCUUCCAACCUUUGCAAUGUUUCUCUGGCUGUUCAGCUACCUGAAGGAUAAGUGUGAAAGGAUGACCUAUUGGACUGGGGAGAGCCAUACGUUGCCAGGGACAGACAGGACAAGAGCGCAUAGGUCCCAUCUCCAACCGAUAGAUCAGCUUCUUGCUGUCCUUAUGAGAAACCGUUUGGGUCUUUUUGUCCAGGACAUUGCAGAGCGGUUUUGUAUAGCUCCUAGCACAUUCUCGAAAUAUUACACCACCUGGCUAUGUCUUCUUCAUAAAGAACUGAAAUUCCUUAAUCCAUUUCCAGACAAAGAUGUUGUUCAGCGCACAAUGCCCUCUCAAUUUAAAAAAUUUCCUAAUACACGUAUCAUUAUAGACUGCACUGAAAUAUUUAUUCAAAAAUCAUCCAGUUUAACAAAUCAGUCAUUAACAUUUUCAAAUUACAAGAAUCAUAAUACAGCUAAAUUUUUGGUUGGCAUCACUCCAUCUGGUAUUAUAUCAUUUGUUUCUGAGGGGUGGGGUGGAAAAGUCUCUGACUGA